GGAACCUGGGAGACACAGGAAAGUGCAUGUCAUAAUCCUUUCACCAGAGGAGGAGCCUUUAUUAUUCUAGCAGUCAUCAAUUCUGAGGGCUAUCAGGUUUAUGUGAAUGGCAUAAAACACUGCACAUUCACACACCGCCUUCCCCUAGAAAAAGUUUCCAAUAUUAACAUUCGUGGAAAUAUUUCUCUUCUCGUCUGGGGUUUGAUUGAUAGCUGGAGCACAACUGCAUCCUCCACAGAGCUGAAGAAAAUCACAAGCACAUGGACCUCAACUUCGACAUCGACAACCUCUCCUUUUGAGAUUUCAAAUCCAGUCAGUAAGCCUGCACUUCCCUAUGUGGGCACAAUUCAAGGAGGGUUAAAACCAGACACUGCAAUAUUCUUACAAGGGACUGUUCCUGCAGAUGGAAAGAACUUUGAAAUUAAUUUCAAAACUGGGCCAACUGAGGCUGAUGACAUUGCUUUCCACUACAAACCUAUCUUUGGUGAUUGUACUGCUCUAAACAGCAAAAGAAAUGGAAGCUGGGAGACACAGCAAAAUGAAUCUGAUAAACCCUUCACCAAAGGAGGAUCCUUCCAGAUUUUUAUUGCUGUGAAACCAGAUGCCUAUGACGUCUACGUGAAUGGUUCCAAACAUUGCACAUUCAAACACCGACUUCCUCUAGAAAAAGUUUCAACAUUAAAUUUCAGUGGAGAUGUUUCCCUGUUCAUAUACGGCUUGAUUCAGAAAUGGACAAGUCCAUUUGUCUCCAUCAAAGAGAAGAAAACAUUACUGAUGGGAAGUGGAAGCACAAGCUUUAUCCCAUUAGAAGUUAGGGAUCCAAUCAGCAAGCCAGCAGUUCCAUACAUUGGUGAAAUCCCAGGCAGUGUAAAACAAGAUAUGGCUAUAGUUUUCCAAGGAACUGUUCCUGUAGAUGCAACUAGCUUUGAAAUUAAUUUCAUGACUGGACCAACAGAAAAUGAUGACAUUGCUUUCCAGUACAACCCUCGCAUUGGUGAUUGUACUGCUCUGAACAGUAAAAGAAAUGGAAGCUGGGAGACACAGGAAAGUGCAUGUCAUAAUCCUUUCACCAGAGGAGGAGCCUUUAUUAUUCUAGCAGUCAUCAAUUCUGAGGGCUAUCAGGUUUAUGUGAAUGGCAUAAAACACUGCACAUUCACGCAUCGCCUUCCCCUAGAGAAAGUUUCCAAUAUUAACAUUCGUGGAAAUAUUUCUCUUCUCGUCUGGGGUUUAAUUGAUAGCUGGAGCACAACUGCAUCCUCUACAGAACUGAAGAAAAUCACAAGCACUUGGACCUCAACUUCGAUAUCGACAACCUCUCCUUUUGAGAUUUCAAAUCCAGUCAGUAAGCCUGCACUUCCCUAUGUGGGCACAAUUCAAGGAGGGUUAAAACCAGACAUGGCUAUAUUCUUACAAGGGACUGUUCCUGCAGAUGGAAAGAAGUUCGAAAUUAAUUUCAAAACUGGGCCAACUGAGGCUGAUGACAUUGCUUUUCACUUCAACCCUCGCUUUGGUAAUUGUACUGCUCUUAACAGCAAAAGAAAUGGAAGCUGGGAGACACAGCAAAAUGAAUCUGAUAAACCCUUCACCAAAGGAGGAUCCUUCCAGAUUUUUAUUGCUGUCAAACCAGAUGCCUAUGACGUCUACGUGAAUGGUUCCAAACAUUGCACAUUCAAACACCGACUUCCUCUAGAAAAAGUUUCAACAUUAAAUUUCAAAGGAGAUGUUUCCCUCUUCAUAUACGGCUUGAUUCAGAAAUGGACAAGUCCGUUUGUCUCCAUCAAAGAGAAGAAAACUUUACUGAUGGGAAGUGGAAGCACAAGCUUUAUCCCAUUACAAGUUAGGGAUCCAAUCAGCAAGCCAGCAGUUCCAUACAUUGGUGAAAUCCCAGGCAGUGUAAAACAAGAUAUGGCGAUAGUUUUCCAAGGAACUGUUCCUGUAGAUGCAACUAGCUUUGAAAUUAAUUUCAUGACUGGACCAACAGAAAAUGAUGACAUUGCUUUCCAGUACAACCCUCGCAUUGGUGAUUGUACUGCUCUGAACAGCAAAAGAAAUGGAACCUGGGAGACACAGGAAAGUGCAUGUCAUAAUCCUUUCACCAGAGGAGGAGCCUUUAUUAUUCUAGCAGUCAUCAAUUCUGAGGGCUAUCAGGUUUAUGUGAAUGGCAUAAAACACUGCACAUUCACACACCGCCUUCCCCUAGAAAAAGUUUCCAAUAUUAACAUUCGUGGAAAUAUUUCUCUUCUCGUCUGGGGUUUGAUUGAUAGCUGGAGCACAACUGCAUCCUCCACAGAGCUGAAGAAAAUCACAAGCACAUGGACCUCAACUUCGACAUCGACAACCUCUCCUUUUGAGAUUUCAAAUCCAGUCAGUAAGCCUGCACUUCCCUAUGUGGGCACAAUUCAAGGAGGGUUAAAACCAGACACUGCAAUAUUCUUACAAGGGACUGUUCCUGCAGAUGGAAAGAACUUUGAAAUUAAUUUCAAAACUGGGCCAACUGAGGCUGAUGACAUUGCUUUCCACUACAAACCUAUCUUUGGUAAUUGUACUGCUCUAAACAGCAAAAAAAAUGGAAGCUGGGAGACACAGCAAAAUGAAUCUGAUAAACCCUUCACCAAAGGAGGAUCCUUCCAGAUUUUUAUUGCUGUGAAACCAGAUGCCUAUGACGUCUACGUGAAUGGUUCCAAACAUUGCACAUUCAAACACCGACUUCCUCUAGAAAAAGUUUCAACAUUAAAUUUCAGUGGAGAUGUUUCCCUGUCCAUAUACGGCUUGAUUCAGAAAUGGACAAGUCCAUUUGUCUCCAUCAAAGAGAAGAAAACUUUACUGAUGGGAAGUGGAAGCACAAGCUUUAUCCCAUUAGAAGUUAGGGAUCCAAUCAGCAAGCCAGCAGUUCCAUACAUUGGUGAAAUCCCAGGCAGUGUAAAACAAGAUAUGGCUAUAGUUUUCCAAGGAACUGUUCCUGUAGAUGCAACUAGCUUUGAAAUUAAUUUCAUGACUGGACCAACAGAAAAUGAUGACAUUGCUUUCCAGUACAACCCUCGCAUUGGUGAUUGUACUGCUCUAAAUAGCAAAAGAAAUGGAAGCUGGGAGACACAGGAAAGUGCAUGUCAUAAUCCUUUCACCAGAGGAGGAGCCUUUAUUAUUCUAACAGUCAUCAAUUCUGAGGGCUAUCAGGUUUAUGUGAAUGGCAUAAAACACUGCACAUUCACACACCGCCUUCCCCUAGAAAAAGUUUCCAAUAUUAACAUUCGUGGAAAUAUUUCUCUUCUCGUCUGGGGUUUGAUUGAUAGCUGGAGCACAACUGCAUCCUCCUCAGAGCUGAAGAAAAUCACAAGCACAUGGACCUCAACUUCGAUAUCGACAACCUCUCCUUUUGAGAUUUCAAAUCCAGUCAGUAAGCCUGCACUUCCCUAUGUGGGCACAAUUCAUGGAGGGUUAAAACCAGACACGGCUAUAUUCUUACAAGGGACUGUUCCUGCAGAUGGAAAGAAGUUCGAAAUUAAUUUCAAAACUGGGCCAACUGAGGCUGAUGACAUUGCUUUCCACUUCAACCCUCGCUUUGGUAAUUGUACUGCUCUAAACAGCAAAAGAAAUGGAAGCUGGGAGACACAGCAAAAUGAAUCUGAUAAACCCUUCACCAAAGGAGGAUCCUUCCAGAUUUUUAUUGCUGUCAAACCAGAUGCCUAUGACGUCUACGUAAAUGGUUCCAAACAUUGCACAUUCAAACAUCGACUUCCACUAGAGAAAGUUUCAACGUUAAAUUUCAAAGGAGAUGUUUCCCUCUUCAUAUACGGCUUGAUUCAGAAAUGGACAAGUCCUUUUGUCUCCAUCAAAGAGAAGAAAACUUUACUGAUGGGAAGUGGAAGCACAAGCUUUAUCCCAUUAGAAGUUAGGGAUCCAAUCAGCAAGCCAGCAGUUCCAUACAUUGGUGAAAUCCCAGGCAGUGUAAAACAAGAUAUGGCGAUAGUUUUCCAAGGAACUGUUCCUGUAGAUGCAACUAGCUUUGAAAUUAAUUUUAUGACUGGACCAACAGAAAAUGAUGACAUUGCUUUCCACUACAACCCUCGCAUUGGUGAUUGUACUGCUCUGAACAGCAAAAGAAAUGGAACCUGGGAGACACAGGAAAGUGCAUGUCAUAAUCCUUUCACCAGAGGAGGAGCCUUUAUUAUUCUAGCAGUCAUCAAUUCUGAGGGCUAUCAGGUUUAUGUGAAUGGCAUAAAACACUGCACAUUCACACACCGCCUUCCCCUAGAGAAAGUUUCCAAUAUUAACAUUCGUGGAAAUAUUUCCCUUCUCGUCUGGGGUUUGAUUGAUAGCUGGAGCACAACUGCAUCCUCUACAGAACUGAAGAAAAUCACAAGCACUUGGACCUCAACUUCGAUAUCGACAACCUCUCCUUUUGAGAUUUCAAAUCCAGUCAGUAAGCCUGCACUUCCCUAUGUGGGCACAAUCCGAGGAGGAUUAAAACCAGACACAGCUAUAUUCUUACAAGGGACUGUUCCUGCAGAUGGAAAGAACUUUGAAAUUAAUUUCAAAACUGGGCCAACUGAGGCUGAUGACAUUGCUUUCCACUACAAACCUAUCUUUGGUGAUUGUACUGCUCUAAACAGCAAAAGAAAUGGAAGCUGGGAGACACAGCAAAAUGAAUCUGAUAAACCUUUCACCAAAGGAGGAUCCUUCCAGAUUUUUAUUGCUGUGAAACCAGAUGCCUAUGACGUCUUUGUGAAUGGUUCCAAACAUUGCACAUUCACACACCGACUUCCUCUUGAGAAAGUUUCAACAUUACAUUUCAAUGGAGAUGUUUCCCUCUUCAUAUAUGGUUUGAUUCCCAAAUGGACAUUUCCUUCUGUUUUCAUCAAAGAGAAGAAAUCGUUAAUGAUGGAAAGUGGAAGCACAACACCUAUCCCAUUAGAAAUUAGUGACCCAAUCACCAACCCAGCACUUCCAUAUGUUGGUCAAAUCCCAGGGGGUAUAAAACAAGAUACGGCUGUAGUUUUCCAAGGAAGUAUUCCUGUAGAUGCAACUGGAUUUAUAAUUAAUUUUCAAUCUGGGCCAUCUGAUAGUGAUGACAUUGCUUUCCACUACAACCCUCGCAUUGGUGAUUGUACCGCUCUGAACAGCAAAAUAAAUGGAAGCUGGGAGAAACCAGAAAAUGUAUGCCAUACACCUUUCACCAGAGGAGGAGCCUUUACUAUUAUAGUAGUCAUCAACCCUGAGGGAUAUGAGGUCUUUGUGAAUGGCCUAAAACAUUGCACAUUCAAGCAUCGCACUCCUCUAGAGAAAGUUUCCACAAUCAACAUUCAUGGAAAUGUUUCCCUUCUCGUCUUUGGUUUUAUUAAUCGCUGGAGUAUGACUUCAUCAUUCACGGAACUACAAAAAAUUACAAGUACUCAAAUCUCAACCUCGAGUUCAACAUCCUUGCCUUUAGAGAUUUCAAAUCCAAUUAUUAACCCCGCACUUCCUGCUACAUGCAAAAUCCCAGGAGGAGUACAGCAUGACAGUGCUGUAUUCUUUCAAGGCACCAUUCCUGCAGAUGCAAAAGGAUUUAUAAUAAAUUUCAAAACUGGGUCAUCUGAGGGUGAUGACAUUGCUUUUCAAUACAACCCUCGUUUUGGUGAGUUUACUGCCUUAAACAGCUUUAGAAAAGGAAGCUGGGAGACGCAGGAAAAAGCACCCGAUAAACCCUUUACAAAGGGAUCACCCUUCCAAAUUAUUAUAAGCAUCAACUCAGAAGGUUAUGAGGUUUAUGUGAAUGGUUUAAGACAUUGCACAUUCAAUCAUCGCAUUCCAUCAGAGAAAGUUUCAACACUUGACAUUCGUGGAGAUAUUUCCCAACUCAUAUGUGGUUUUAUCCAGGGUUGGAGUACUUCUACAUUUUUUACUCAACUUCAGCAAAAUACAGUCAUAGAGAGUUCAACAAUAAUGACAGAAUCUGGACCUGUAGAGAUUUCACAUCCACUUAUCAACCCAACACUUCCCUAUCUAGACAAAAUACCAGGGGGAAUUAAACAAGACAUGGCUUUAUUCCUUCAAGGGUCUAUUCCUCCAGAUGGCAAAGGAUUUAUAAUAAAUUUUAAAACUGGGUCAGCUGCUGGUGAUGAUAUUGCUUUUCAUUACAACCUUCAAAUUGGUGAGUGCACUGCCCUGAACAGCUUUAAAAGUGGAAAGUGGGAGAUGCAGGAAAAAACAUCAGAUGAACCGUUUGCAAGGGGAGGAGUCUUCCAAAUUAUUUUCGUCAUCAACUCUGAGGGUUAUGAGGUCUACGUGAAUGGAUUAAGGCAUUGUCUGUUUAAGCACCGCAUAUCUUUAGAGAAAGUUUCCACACUUGAUAUCAGCGGAGAUGUUUUGAUCUCCAUAGGCGGUUAUAUUUAUAAUUGGAGUGCUUCUGCCAUCUUUUCAGAAAUAAAUAAAAUCCAAAGCACACAGAGCUCAACCUCAACAACCAUGACUCUAGAGAUUUCACAACCAAUCCCCGACCCUGUGGUUCCCUAUGUAGGAAAAAUCCCAAUAGUGGUAAAGCAAGACAAGGCUGUAUUUUUUCAAGGAAAUGUCCUUGAAAAUGCCAAUGAAUUUCAAAUAAAUUUUAAAACAGGGCAAUCUGAUGGUGAUGACAUCGCUUUUCACUUCAGCCCUCACAUUGGUAAAUAUACUGCCCUGAACUGCUUUAGAAAUGGAACCUGGGAAAAAGAGGAAAAUGCAUCUGAUCAACCUUUCACCAAGGGAGCACCUUUCCAAAUUAUUGUUGCUUUUAAAUCAGAGGGUUAUGAGGUUUAUUCAAAUGGCAUGAAACACUGCACAUUUAAACAUCGUAUUGGUUUAGAGAACGUUUCUACAAUUGAAGUUCAUGGAGAAGUUACACUUCAGCUCAUCGGUUUUGUUGAGAACUGGAAAAGUCCAUAAAUUAAAAUGAGUUUACCUAUGAAUAUGGGGAAGAAGUUCAAGAGGCUAAAGAAAGACAAUGAGGUUUUGCAGCAUUUUUUUUUUUUUUUUACCUGUGUACCAAUUUCCAAAAUCUUCUCUUUAUUAUUAUAUAUUUUUUUUUAUUUGCCUAUAAUGCCACCAUCUUUUAUCCUUAUGAUUUGUGCAAGCAUUACAACUAGGGGCCUGUUUGACUUAUGUGAACAUUUUAUUUACCAGUUUAAUCUAAAAGCUAACAUCUAAACCUGCACUGCCUAAUCUUACUAGCAUUGGUCUUCUAAUGAAAUAAAACAAAUGUGACUUUGAGACUUUUAUGUGAAAUGAUACAAUGUUUUCACAUGGACAAACAAUAAUUUGUUAUUUACAAUGUAUGUAACUGGUUUUCAGUGUUUAAAUAUGAAAUAUCAGGGGAAAAAAAAGGGUAAAGUUUUUAUUUUUAUUCCAAAAGUUUUAAAAUUUUCUAUAUCUUAGUCUUUAUCUUAGUGAACUAUUUUCUUGACAAUUAAUCAUCUAUGAAUGGGAUAUUUACUUUAUCUUUCUUUAUUGAAUUAAUGCUGUAAAGCCUGCUUGAAUUCUUCCUACAUAAAUCAUUUAAGUAAAAUUAACUUCUUUUUUUUUGUCUAUGCAAAAAUGCAGAAUGAAGAGAUAAGGCCGUCCAGAAGUUUAAUCUUCUGGGCUGAUUUUUGUUGAAGGGUAGCUUGUCAGUUUAACAAUUUACACCAGAAAGGCUUUAAGGUGUUCAAGCUUGCAUUAUGAUUGGGGAAUUUGGGCAAUUAAAGGUAUAUUUCUCGUACUGAUUGUGUGUGCUAAGUGGUAAAAUUGGUUAAUUGCUGAUUAGUUAAAGAGUACCUUUUGGGCUAGUAUAUGUCAGGUCUUUUUUCUUUUUACUGGCUUACUGCUUAAUAUUGAAAGGUUCCUAUUUGUUUAACUCAUUACUGCUUGUGUUAAUUGUCAAUAAACAAUUUACAUCUUAUGGAGCUAAAUAAACAAUAAACAAUUGGGGAUACAAA